CGUGUCUGGGAUAUCCUCCCUUAUUUUCCUUCCCUCCCCUCGUGCACAUGCAUUCUCACAUGUGUCCCUUGCUUUUUGUGUAUAUUCCAGCCCACUCACCCAGAUUCCUAGCUUGUGUACUUGUACUGUAUACUGAUUUCGCUUUGGUUUAAAUUUCUGUUUGGUUUCCCCGCAUUUGAUAAGUCGCCGUUCGCAUUCCUCGGUUGUCGGCUUGGUUCCAGAAGUUUUCAUCCUAGGCAUCGUUGGACCUAUUGGACCACGACUUGUAUAUUUUAGCACGAAAUGUCUGGAGCAAACAACCACUCCAUCGUGAACGGUAUCGGGAACACAAUUUCCCAGGUCGAGAAGGUUGUCUCUGCCUCAUUGCGACCCUUGCCCACGGCAACAGGCGAUGGAACCUAUAUCACGGAGCCAAGUCAAACAGGGAUUGUCCGCGAUCUCAGCCAUGUCGACCUCAAUGAUAUCAAAACACUGAUCGAGGUGGUCAAGGAUACUGCAACUGGCCAGCCAGUCAAUGACAGACAUUAUAUAAUGGAGCGAGUGAUCCAGCUCGCUGCUGGACUGCCCUCGACUUCUAGAGGUGGAAAAGAUUUGACGAACACGUUUCUAAAACAACUGUGGAAUGACCUGCAGCAUCCACCGAUCUCUUACCUCGGCCGAGAUUCUUGCUACCGCAAGGCCGACGGUUCAGGAAAUAACAUUCUGUGGCCCCAUAUUGGGGCAGCUGGCACCCACUACGCCAGAUCUGUACGCCCGAGAACUGUCCAGUCCCCUUCACUUCCGGAUGCAGAGACGUUGUUCGCCUCUCUUCUGGAAAGGAAAGAGUACAAGGAGCACCCGAAUAAGAUCUCUAGUGUUUUAUUCCAUCUGGCGUCAAUUAUUAUUCAUGACCUGUUUCAAACCGAUCGCAACGACUACACGGUGAGCUUGACAUCAUCGUAUCUGGAUCUUGCGCCGCUCUAUGGCAACAACCAAGACGAACAGGACAUGGUCAGAGCAUUCAAAGAUGGAAAACUCAAGCCAGACUGCUUCUCCAGCAAACGUGUGCUAGGUUUUCCUCCUGGCGUCGGGGUGCUAUUGUUGAUGUUCAAUCGGUUUCACAACUAUGUAGUUGAGAACUUGGCGACCAUCAAUGAAGGCGGCCGUUUCACCAAACCAAAUGAGUCCGAUGUCGAGGCCUAUGCGAAAUACGACAACGAUCUUUUCCAGACCGGUCGGCUAGUCACAUGCGGCCUUUAUAUCAACAUCAUUCUCAAGGAUUAUGUUCGAACGAUUUUGAAUAUUAAUCGCACAGACAGUCUCUGGAGCUUGGAUCCUCGAGCCGAUAUCCAGGACAGCUUGCUAGGCAGUGCCCCAGGUGAAGCCACAGGCAAUCAGGUGUCUGCUGAAUUCAACCUCGUCUACCGCUGGCAUUCUUGCAUAUCUCGGCGGGAUGAGAAAUGGACGCAGGAUCUGUAUAAAGAUCUGUUCCCGGGAAAGAAUCCCAAUGAUGUCUCGCUGAAGGAUUUUGUCAGGGGCGUUGCUCGAUGGGAGGCGGGCCUACCGGAGCAACCCGCAGAGCGUCCAUUUGCUGGGUUACAGCGUAAUGCAGACGGGUCUUUUGACGAUGGCGACCUCGCCAACAUGUUCGCAGAUAGCGUUGAAGAUUGCGCAGGUGCUUUUGGUGCCGGCAACGUUCCGUCAAUCUUCAAGAACAUCGAGGCCCUCGGCAUCAUGCAAGCGCGCUCUUGGAACCUGGCCACCCUCAAUGAGUUUCGCAAGUUUUUCGACCUUGCGCCCUACAAGACCUUCGAAGAAAUCAAUCCAGAUCCAUACAUUGCCGAUCAGCUCAAACGAUUAUAUGAUGAGCCUGAUCUGGUGGAGAUGUACCCUGGCAUUAUCGUAGAGGCUACGAAAGACCCAAUGGUCCCCGGAAGUGGGUUGUGCACCAAUUUUACAAUAUCGAGGGCCGUCCUGUCCGAUGCAGUUGCUCUGGUCCGUGGUGACCGCUUCUAUACGGUUGAUUCGACCCCUAAACAUCUCACAAACUGGGCCUAUAAUGAAAUACAGCCUCUCGACUCUGUUGACCAAGGUCAAGUCUUUUACAAGCUCGUGUUUCGUGCUUUUCCGAACCAUUUCAAGGGUGAUUCUAUCUACGCACACUUCCCCCUAGUUACCCCAUCCGAAAACAAAAAGAUCCUGGAAAGUCUUUCUGUUGCUCAGGAUUACAACUGGGAUCGACCAAGCUAUACGCCUAUUCCGCCUUUCAUUAACUCCAAUGCCGCAUGUAUAUCUAUCCUCGGUGACCAAGAGACGUUCAAGGUUACAUGGGGAGCCAAGAUUGAGUUUUUGAUGCACCACAACAAGCACCCUUAUGGCCGGGACUUCAUGCUCUCCGGUGACAGGCCACCAAACACUGCAUCACGUAAAAUGAUGGGUUCGGCCUUAUACCGUGACAAGUGGGAGAGUGAAGUCAAGAGGUUCUACGAAGACAUCACCCUGAAACUCCUGCACAAACAUUCUUAUCAGGUUGCCGGAGUCAACCAGGUCGACAUCGUUCGAGACAUCGCGAACCUUGCUCAGGUUCAUUUCUGCGCAAAUGUGUUUUCCUUGCCACUGAAGACCGAGUCAAACCCACGAGGGAUUUUUGCCGAGUCAGAACUGUACGACAUCCUUGCGAUCGUCUUCGCAUCCAUCUUCUACGACGUCGAUGUUGGGAAGUCAUUCCAGCUCGACCACGGUGCGCGGGCUGUUACUCAGCAGCUUGGGCAAUUGACAAUGGCUAAUGUUGAGUUUGUUAACAAAGCCGGGUUUAUUGCGAAUUUGGUCAAUAGUUUGCACCGCCACGAUGUACUCAGUGAAUAUGGUGUCCACAUGAUCCAGCGUCUGCUUGCGACCAAUGUCCCUCCUCCUGAGAUCGUAUGGACUCAUGUUCUACCAACAGCGGGCGGGAUGGUGGCCAACCAAGCUCAGCUCUUUUCGCAAUGCCUUGAUUACUACCUCUCAGAAGAAGGGUCUACUCAUUUACCAGAUAUCCAACGACUCGCCAAAGAUGAUACGCCCGAGGCUGACGGCCUUCUUUUACGAUACUUUAUGGAAGGGGCUCGAUUGCGGUCGUCUGUUGCAUUGCCACGAGUAGUCGCAAAGCCUACUGUAGUUGAGGACAAUGGGACGAAGUUGGCUUUCAAACCAGGCCAAGCUGUAAUUUGCAACCUGGUAUCUGCUUCCAUGGACCCCGUUAGCUUUCCCGAACCGAAGAAAGUCAAGCUUGAUCGCGAUAUGAGUCUGUACGCUCACUUCGGGUUUGGCCCUCAUCAGUGCCUAGGCAUGGGUAUUUGCAAGUUAGCCCUCACGACAAUGCUUAGGGUGGUGGGACGACUGGACAAUCUCCGGCGGGCUCCGGGGCCUCAAGGUCGGCUGAAAAAAGUUACCGGGCCUGGCGGGAUCGCGAUGUAUAUGACUGCGGACCAGAGUAGCUAUUGGCCAUUCCCGUCGACCAUGAAGAUCCAAUGGGAUGGUCCCUUGCCAGCUCUUGCAACAAAUUAGGGGUUCAAUGGAUGGAGAUGAAAGAAUGAUACGGACAUGGACAGGGAUGUGGGUGAAUGACUUGUAUGAUAAGAAUGGAAUACUAUUAUUUUUCUAUGCACAAGCGAUAUAUAAUCGCAAACACCUCAAUUCUAUUUUUAUGGGGAGUGCCCCAUAAAAAUAGAAUUGAGGUGCCCGUAAUCAUUAUGACAGGGCUUCCCCUCACCGAAUCAUCUAGGCUGGUGCAUGUCAUGUCACUUAUGUAUCUCCCUGUUUGUCAUUCACCCCACUUGCAUACC